UCAGUGUUGGCCUAAAGUGACUGUAUCGGCCAUCUUAGCAUAUUCCAGUGCUCUUCAGUCAGCAUAAGAAAUGUCGAAGAAUGUGGAAAACAAUAAGGAUGGUGGGAUAUUAUCACCGGAAGUUGGGCUUCCUAAACCGGAAUCCUUUAAGGUGUUCCUGUACAAUCCUAAGACAGGAGCCGUGCUGGGAAGAACCGCCGGAAGUUGGUUAAAGAUCAUAAUUUUCUACUUGACGUUUUACUUCUUCCUCGCUGCCUUCUUUGCCCUGGCCAUGUGGAUGUUCAUGCAGACGAUCAACGAUGACGGUCCCAAAUACUACCUCGACGAUUCAAUCAUCGGAACCUCUCCAGGUCUUGGAUUUCGUCCCCUGUCGAUGGAACAUGAAGGGAGCACUCUGAUUUGGUAUAAUGCCAGUUCCAAGAACAACCAUAAGAACUGGACCAUGAAUCUAGAUACUUUUCUCGAAGGUUACAAGAACCAGACAAACAAUUCCGAUGUUGUUCGGUGUGACUAUGGUAAUAAGCCAGGACACAAUGAAGUGUGCAAUGUGCCUGUGGAUAACUGGGACCCAUGCACUUCUGAAAACGACUUCGAUUUUGUUAACAGUAGGCCGUGUGUAUUUAUUAAACUUAAUAAGAUACUCAAAUGGGAACCAGAAUACUACAAAAGUGUGAAAGAUCUACCAAGUCAGAUGCCCAAAGAUCUGAGAGAGCAUAUUGAAAGAAUGGCAAAGAAUAGCACAAAGUUUCUGAACACUGUGUGGGUUAGCUGUGAGGGACAGUAUCCAGCUGACAAGGAAUUUAUUGGAACUGUUGAAUACAUCCCUGACCAAGGGUUUCCAGGGUACUACUAUCCAUUCCUGGGUACGAAAACCUACUUGAGUCCACUGGUUGCUGUACACUUCAAAAAUAUUUCAAGAAAUGUCCUUGUGAGUGUGGAAUGCAAAGCUUGGGCUCAUAAUAUUGUGCAUGAUCGGCGUGAUCGAAUUGGACUUGUUCAAUUCCAGCUAUUGAAGAUCGCUGCUCUCCUGGAGGACAAGGCCUACAAGCAAUUGAAGAAGAAUCCCGCUGAUUCCAUAGAGUGCAAGACUGUUAUUCUCCUGAAAAAGUCCGCGAUUGGUGAGGAUUUUUUUCCAACAACUAUGACCACAAGGUUCCAGGCCCCGGUGCCAAUAAAGGAAACUGUGGAUCUGCUAGGACACCAUUGUGAUGAAGAUAUCUUGAGUCUCUUCUGCAGUGUUCUAACCACCUCAUACUCCAUCAUCAAUGGCCAGUUGUAUGAACAAAUCGAUGAUGUGAUCAUGGGUUCAACACUGUCUCCAAUCAUCACCAACUUCUACAUGAAGGAAUUCAAGGAGAGGGCGCUUGACUUGGCCCCCCACAAGCCCCUCUGCUGGAGGUUGAAGAAGCAUCAGCAGCACAUCUGUCUAGAACAUCCAGACAAGUCAACCUUGGCUGAACAGAGCGUCAACUUAGGACACCACAUUCAAUUUCACAAUACCUUCAUCUUCGCCACUACGACCCGAUACAUGGAUCGCAUCAUUAGGGAGGCAAUCAGGGUUGAGCUCCAUCCCAACAAUAUGAAGAGAGAGCAAUUGUGCCAGUCUCUCAUUGUCGAGCGGCCAAUCAUUGCCACUACAACGACUACAACUGACGUAUUGGUCUAUGCUUGCAAGAUGAACGAUAAGAUAAAAGAGACGUUAGUUCCUGAGCGAACAAAACUGAGAGUGAAAUUCAACAACAGUGUGGUAUAUCGAGAAAAAUCGCGAAUAAAUCGUGUGGUGAUCGUAACAUUGGCCACAGCGUGCUGUGUGCUCUUGAUUACACUAUAUGCCUGUGUUGUCUUCUCAGUGCAAGUGAACAGCCUUCCUGAGUGGCAACAGGACAACUUUAUGCUUGAAGCAAUUCCAGGCCUACGCUAUCGUCCCAAGCAGCCAGACAAUUUUGCAGCUAGCACCUUGAUAAGUUUCGAUCGAGACAACUACACGACGUGGACCAGGAUCAUAGACGACUUCAUUAAACCAUACAAGAAUCCUGACAUGGUUCCUGGGGGUGGCAAGAGAACAGUGUAUUGUGACUAUAAUAGUUCUUCAAGAGAUGACAUUUGUUAUGUGGAUCCGAAGGAAUGGCGAAUUUGUAAUUCGGAAUCUCGGUACGGUUAUCACUGGGCAUCUCCUUGCAUAUUCUUGAAGCUAAAUAAGAUUUACAACUGGGUGCCUGGAUAUUACAAUGACACAGCGUCCCUUCCUGAAAAUAUGCCUAGAGCCCUCAAAGAGCACAUCAAGAGCAUCGGGUCACAUUAUCCUCCUGCAUUGAACACUGUAUGGGUUAGCUGUGAAGGAGAAAAUCCGGCUGAUGUGGAGAAUAGAGGGCCCAUCCAGUACAUUCCUCAGCGAGGGUUCCCAGGUUAUUUCUUCCCAUUCACAAACAAGGAAGGUUAUCUCAGUCCUUUGGUCGCAGUUUGGUUUCGAAGACCCACCACUGGUGUUCUUAUCAACAUCGAGUGCAGACUAUGGGCCCCCAACAUCGAGUACAACCGGGAGAAAGGCCGUGGCUUUGUGCACUUCGAGUUGAUGAUUGACUGAAAUCCACAUCCUUCGAGAUUCAUCUACAGUCAGUACACGGGUAUCGAUGUGGCGUCUCCAUCGGGAAGUUAUCGGGCUCCUGCAAUUAAUGCAUUUGCCAUACAUUUUGCCAGAGAUAGAUUCAACAAAAUAGAAGCCUAGUUUCGUCAAAGCUUGGUGAAAUCCUCCAUUUCUAAUUUUUACGUAAAUACAAUCUUGUUAUGACACCAGGAAGUAGUAUUAGUAUCAUUUAUAGUAUUACUAGCAUUACUAGUAUCAGUGGCAUCUCAUAAUACGCGUAUUUCUAAGUAGACAUAAAUGAAAGAACCAAUUUUACGGAGCAAAAUAUUAGCUGUACAGUCAAGUGUGUUUUUACUGUGCAAAAAUACAGUUAAAUUCACAUUCAACUCUAAAAGUACAGUCUAUAUUUCCAUGUACGACUGAUACAUAACAUUAAACACUCUAAAAGUGGCA